UGACAGCACUUGUAACAGCAUAUUAGGAGUUAUGGUGUAUGUUAACUCAUGGCAUGGUUUGGCAUUCUGCGUCGUUACUAUUAUCAUUGGUUUAGUUAAUACUUUGAGGGAUGAAACUAUACGUGUGUAUUUAACUAGUCAAAAUUACACGUGGUUUGAAGCAAGGAAUCUCUGCAACCUAUUUAAAGUUGAGUCUACGCAUGUACAGAUAAACGGAUUGACCGUGCCUUCUCGUCUAAUGUGGACACAUGGGACCGCUAAAUUUCUACCAUGGGUAGAAUAUCUAGGUUGUUUUGAACUGCAAAAAGAAAGGAUAAAGGAAACAAAUAGUGUAAAAGUAGAAGAAGGAAAACAGUUAUCCGAGUGCUUGCUGUCUUGUCAAGGAUAUACAUUUAUUGGCUUGCAGCAACAAAGGUGCAUUUGCCUACGAGCUAUCAAAUGGACAUCUAGAUAUAUUAAAAGCCCAUGUAAUACACACCCGGUUAAAUGUCGGGGAGAUCCAGAUGCUUUUUGUGGUAAACAAGAUGUUCCGAAAGAUUCCAGUUUCUUUUCUGUUUAUCAAAAAGCAAACGUCAGAGAAUCAAUAGGUUAUGGAAACUGCAUGGCUAUUACCAUUAGACCCAGCUCAUCAUAUUUCCUAGCAUUGCAAUGUUCAACACCACUUUACCAACUUUGUCUAAGUAACAGCGUCUAUUACAAUGACUUCUAUCCACGGUCCUAUAGACACUUGUCAUGGAUUAGUUCUUUCCAGACGUGUCCUGACUCAUACAUGUUAGCCCGUUACAGUAUGUUGCCCGAUAACUCUCGUGUUACAGUCAAAGGAACAUAUUGGUUAUCUAAUACGAGAAGGUGGAUUCAAGAAAAACUUACAAACCCUGAAUACUGCGUCGCUGCAAGAGUUCAACACAAUGGCUAUCUUGAAAGAUUGCCCAUCAGUUGUCAGGAAAAACUGCCUGGUCUGUGCAUAACUCCAUCAUAUAGUCCACAGGACAGUACAACUGAAAGAGAAAUUUUAACUUUCCAAGCUCCAACAGGGGUCCCUAAGAGUGAACAGAAUGGAAAUAAAAUGAUAUCAAAAGAUCAAUAUGGAGUAACUGCUGGUCAGGCUUUGACUAAAAAUUUGGUUCGUAUUGGAUUGAUAGCUGUAGUAAGUCUUACAUUUCUAGUGGUUCUUGCAAUAGUUAUUGUGUGCAUAAGAAUGAAGAGCCUUCAUGCAAAUUCUCAAAACCAUUCACCGCCUGGAAAAGAUGUCGUUUAUGCAAAGGUUGAAAGGUCAAUUAUCCGAAAGGAAAGCACCAAUCAAACAACAGGGCCGUCUACAUCACAUGACACAUACGAUCACAUGGACCAUCGUCGUAAUAGAGAACACCCAGAUGGAAGCACAUAUGAUACAAUGCAGAAUGUUCGGAUUGAGGAAGAAAAUAACUAUGAUUUUUCAAACGAAUCAGAAAUAGGAGAGAAGUUGUUUAUUUGCGGUUCCAUGGAUUACAAUCAAGUCGAUGUUGUUGAGACAUCAUAAAGUAAAGACUUAUAAACUGAGUUAAAUGUAGUAUUAAAUUGUUUUCGAUGAUAUCCAUAUCUUGUGAAAGGAAGAAGAAAAGAUGUUUACUGUAUAUCAUAUAUCAUAUAGUUAUUUCAUAAGUUGUUA